AUGGGCGGCCGGCAGUCAUCGGUGAGCGGCGAGGACAGACCAAGAUCGAACUCGGUGGAUACUUCUGCAACGAUCGCUGAGAGUCGCCCACCCACUCGAGGAGCGAGCCGUUCCGUCAUCUCGGCCACUGAUUUUCUUCAAGCACUGCGGGCUCCACGACUGGAUGGUUCGGAUGAUUCAGAUGAUGAGCAACCGGGUCCCUCUCGGCUUCCAGGUCUUCCUCCAUCGGGUCGCCGACAUGAUGGCGUUGCUAGGCAUCACAGCAAUCACGGGGGAGUGCCAAGCUCGAACUCGCGUCCACGCACUCAACGGGUUCAUGCUAUUCGUCGUCCGAUGCCAUUCUUUGUGUUAGAUGUGACCUGCCCUGUUUGCCAAAAACGUGUUCCAUCUGAUGAAGCCGAGGUUCAUCUCGUUAUUUGUUUCACACGUCCCAGGCUCACCUACAAUGAUGAUGUACUUCGCGAGGACAAAGGUGAAUGCUCGAUUUGUUUGGAAGAGAUGCAACAAGGAGAUUCAAUUGCUCGUCUGCCAUGUUUAUGUAUUUAUCACAAAGUAUGUAUUGAUGAAUGGUUUAAGCGGAAGAAUUGUUGCCCCGAGCACCCCGGCGAUGAGUCUAUCACAAAGGGUCUUUAUUACGGUCCAGAAAUACCAUCAAUUAAAUUAAACGUUUUCGGAUUUUCUUUAAUCUUUUCACCUCGGUUGUGCUCCGCAUGU